AUGGAUAUCGACAUAAUCUUAGGGAUGGAUUGGUUAUCUGCCCAUCAUAGCCUUAUAGAUUAUACUCGGAGAGAGUUGGUAUUUCCUCAGUUGGAGGAUGAGGUGUUGUUGUCAGCGGGUCAGGCUAAGCAGUUGAUGAGAGACGGGGGUGGGUGCUUCAUGUUUUUUGGCGCUUUAAGUGUUGAGACGGAGAGGGCCAUCACUAGGAUUGAGAUUGUUAAUGAGUUUCCUGAGGUGUUCCCAGAUGAUAUGACGGGAUUGCCACCUAUGCAUGAUAUAGAGUUCAGUAUUGAUAUGGUAUCAGGUGCAAGACAGGUAUCAGUGGCUCCUUAUAGGAUGGCUCCAGCUAAGUUGGUAGAGCUAAAGAAAUAA